AUGACUCAAUUCUGUGACAUAAUAGUCGGUAAUCUUCUACUAAGUUCUGGUCCGUCAUGUGCGGUAUCAACACUUAUACCCGGAAUACCAAAUCAAACGGUUCAGACCAUGAAAGGAACUUGCUACUCGAGUCUUAUUUGUAGACAACAAGUCCCGAGAACUUGUGGAGGUAUAGCCGCACAAAACUCCACUUACUUCACAAAUCCCGGAUUUCCCUCGGCUUACAAUAAUACCAAUACACUUGAUUUCAUGGACUUUGAAUUAAUGCAACCAAAUGACGGCAACUGUGAUAGCGAUCGACGUGGAUGGGGUUCAGGGGCCUAUCAUUCUGAACGUGCGAACAGAGGGGUCGGCGCAGAGGCGAUGGAAUAUUCUUGUGUCACAAAUUGAAUGCAUGAAUCCCUCGAGAGCUCCACCGAAUUGUUUGCAAUACUUUGUGGGCCCGACAGGAGUUAUCAUGAGUUUUAACUAUGAUUUCCUAAAGCAAGCGAACACUGAUUCAAAUUCUAAAGGCGUCG